AUUCAUUUAGAGCUGUCACUGCUAGUAGUGUUUUGUUUUGGUUGCGUUUAGUGAAUAAAUCAGAAGAAUUUGACAAAAAUAUCAGCUAUAAUUAAUUAAAUUAUAUCAUACAAUGAUUAUUGUUCAAUAUAUCUUCAAUCAGUGAAUGAAUAUAAGUUAGAGAGCAUACAACAAAAUGUUAGCAGUAAUUCACUGCUCAUUUAAUUGGACAUUAUAAAAUACGAGUAAUCUACUUCGCAAUUGAAAGAAUUUUCCCAUAUAAUUCAAAGAGGAGAUCACAAAGAACUUUUUGGAAAUUUUAGUUAAUUUUUGAGAAAUGGCAGAUAAUACCUUCAAUCCAAGAUAUUUUUCCAUGUUGGCCCGUUGUAUGAAGAAACGCGAUGAGUUACGUGGAGUAUAUCAGAAAGAUGAACAAGACCAAGACCCUCAAGAAGAUGAUAGUGUCAUUCACACAUGUUUCAGUUCUUUGGAACUUAAACUCCUUAUAAGAGAAUUCAAUCCUUCAAAAAAUAAGGAUUUAUACGCUACAGAGUGGAUCAGAGAAAUUGAACAACUAGGACUAAUCCACAAUUGGGAUUCUGGUCACAAGUUGUUGUAUGCAUCCAUGAGACUGGGUGGUAUUGCGAAGUAUUGGUAUCAAUAUUCAAUUAAGUCUAUAAAUAACUGGGACGAUUUUAAGAAGGGAUUGAUGGGAAAUUUUCCAAGGACUAUCGAUGCGGCUGAUGUUCACUCGAAGCUCAUUGCAAAGAAGCGACGUUCCGUUCAAAUGCUUGAAGAGUAUUUCCAUACAACCGUGCAGUUGGGAAAGAGAAUCAAGUUAAGUGAUGAUUCUAUCAAAGAUUAUCUUAUUCGAGGACUCGAACAGCCUAAACAUCAAUUAAUUCUAUCCUCAAUCGGACCGUGUAGUCUUGGUGAGUUUUUACAACAUAUGCAACGUCUUGAAGGAGAUUCUCAAGCAUCUUCAAUGCGUCAACCAUCGUCUACCAAAGAAAAGUCUCAAGAAAUUACAUCGGAUCGUUUAAAAGCUUCGAUAUUACAGAAGCACCGAUCUCCGAUUAAAACCGAUAGGGAAAAACCUACUGAGAAGUUAGAAAAAGAUUACGAUAUAUUACUUGCUCCUCAGGCAGUUACAAAUAAAAUACAUCGCCGCAAGUCCUUUAUCUGCGAGUCAGAAGAUCAUUUGGCGAAUAUUUGCCCGACAAUUCCGAAUAAUUCUGAUGGUCAAUCUGAUAGUAAGCCUAAAUCACCCAAUUCACCUCAGAAGUUAACGGGUGAAGACAAUGAUGAUGAUCCUGAACAUAUUAAUUCCUCAAAUUCUGAAAGUCAUGAAGACUUGAAGGAAAACAAAAAGUCAACGAGAGAAGAUGACGAAAAAGAUUGGGUGAUUGCUUUACAAAACAAAGACCCUACGAUUUUUCGAUAUCGUCAAAUUCUCAAGGGAAUCAUAAAGAAAGACAAAAUGAAGGUCGAUGUGAAGAAAGGUUUUCGAUUAAUAAAUGGAAGACUAUACUCAUGUCAGAAAGAUGGUCUGCGAUUUGUAGUACCACAAUAUGAUCGUUAUGAGAUUGUAUCCAGUUUUCACGCAUCUAAUGGCCAUUUGAGCGCAGAAAAAUCUAUCACAGACAUAAGAAAAAUAUAUUCCUUUGUACCUUUAGCCAAUCUUGUUAAAAAAUUCAUGAAGAAUUGCACUUUGUGUUCAAUUCGAAAAAUGGAACCGAAUGAAACUCUACAUGAUAUCUACACGGGGCAAUACACACCAAUUCCCUUUCAUACGAUAUGCGUAGACUUUUGUGGUGCUUUCCCGAAGACUCCCAAGAAUAGUCAAUACGUCUUUUCUGUGAUUGAUAGCUGCACAAAGUUCAUGGUACUGAAAGCCGUCGCUGAUCCAACAAUGAAUAUUGCUAUGAAAGUCAUUGAUUUGAUUGCCGAAUACUUCGGAAUGCCAUAUGUCGUGGUUAGUAAAGAUAGUGAGAUCUUCAAAACUGAAGACUUCAAAAAGUACUGCAAAGACAAUGGUAUCCAACAUGUUCUGGUACCCAACGAUGCAUCAGGGGCUCUUGAUAAUUUGAGAAAAAAGUUUUUAACUGUUACUAACGGGGUUUCCGAACUGGUAACUAGGGAUCAAGAAACAAGUUGGGAUGAAAAAUUGAAAGAACUUCAAAUGUCUUAUAACACCCAGUCCCAACAUGAUAUAUUAAAAAGUUAUCAAAAUAGACUCCUUCAAUAUAGCCCAAGAAAUUCUUUCACUGACAAAUUAUACCAAGCGAUUAAAUCUGAUCGAAAAGACUUGAAGGAAUCCGUUGAAGAGCAGGUAUCUGACGAUACUUCCAUAGACAAUGUUGAAGAAAUUACUGAAGAAAGCGACACGAAAUCUGAGAACAUCGAGGAAACAUCAGAACCAUCUGCGACCUUCAAUCCUGAUGACCUAGUUUUGGCUAAACAUACAAUUUUUGAGGAUUCCCAUGAAACUGUUUCUUGUUAUCGUGGACCGUACAUCAUAAAGAAAAUCUUGCCACGUGGACGAUGUCUAGUUACUGAUACAUUACUCACACAAAUUACUUCAAAACGAUUCAAUAAGAUUUUUCCUUCUAACCUACUGAAGAAAUGGGUUACUGAAGAGGACUUGGAAAAAUUCAAUGAAUUGCUUUUUAAUGAGUCUGAUGUAAAGGAUGAGUUGUAACAAUAAAUUAAAUCUGUGUAACAAAUUGAAAAAUUGAAAGUUGAAUUAUUAUUGGUUAUUGUAUAA